UCUGGAUCCGGGGCUGAGCGGAGGCUCGGCCGUAGGGAUGACCUCCUGCAAGCAGUUCCGGCGCACUUCCGCAAGGCCCCGCCUUCUUUCCCCUUUCUCUCCAGAGAGUGGGGAAGGAAGGAAGGCAGGGAAGGAGGCCGAGGGCUUGGGGACGCGCUGGGCCGGCCGAGUAGAAGAAUACAUGUUUACUUUCGGCAUAGAAGAGCAUGUUCCCAAAUUCUUCGAACUUGGGGCGUCCACCCUUUCCUCUAGAACACCAACAAUACUUCAUUAAUCUUCCAGUGAACAUACCUCCUGUUGUUGUUCACCAGCAGUUCCAUAGUCCAGCAUCCCUGUUGAGUCGCAAUCUUGCAAGCAUCCCACCUGUUUCACCACUACCCUUUGCCUAUAGAAAUGGCAGCCCGGUGCAUACAUCAGCUGCACCUACAUCAUUCAGAGGCAGAAAGAGGCUGAAAGAACAAAAUGUUUCUUAUGAAGCCAAGCGCCAGCGAUUUCAUUCACCUCACCAUGAAUUAACUUCAGCUAACCAAGUAGUGCCUUUGCCAGAAGAUCACAGGCGGUCAUUCCCUGGAUCUAUUUCUUCGCCAUUAUUUCAAGCACACUUCAUCUCUGACUUGACAGGAUGUGUGCCACCCUUACAAGAAGCUUCCUUUCCCGAGCCCAUAGAAACUGCACUCCCUGUGGCCAAAGAUAAGUUAAGUCAACAGGUACUGGAGUUAUUUCAAGCAUGCCAACAAAAAGUCUAUGAUUUGAACAGAAAAGAGCUUUGCCGAACACAACUCCAAAGGGAAAUUCAACAGAUCUUCCCAAAUAGUAGACUAUUUUUGGUUGGAUCAUCACUAAAUGGUUUUGGUACUCGUAGCAGUGAUGGUGACUUGUGCCUGGUGGUUAAAGAGGAACCAAUUAAUCAGAAGACUGAAGCAAGAUACAUACUUGGUUUACUCCAAAAACAUUUCUGUAGGAAACUUUCAAAUUACAUUGAGAGACCUCAGUUAAUCCGAGCAAAAGUGCCAAUAGUGAAGUUCAGGGACAAAGUCAGCUGUGUGGAGUUUGACUUGAAUGUAAACAAUGUUGUUGGAAUACGAAAUACAUUCCUUCUCAGAACCUAUGCAUACAUUGAGAGUCGAGUACGUCCUUUAGUCCUGGUUGUAAAGAAGUGGGCAAGCUUUCGUGGCAUAAAUGAUGCCAGUCGAGGCACUUUAAGCAGCUAUAGUCUUGUGUUGAUGGUUUUGCACUAUUUACAAACCCUACCUGAACCUAUUCUUCCAUCCCUCCAAAAAAAUUACCCAGAAUCUUUUGAUCCUACUAUGCAGCUGCGCCUUGUGCAUCAGGCUCCACGCACCAUUCCUCCUUAUGUUUCAAAGAACGAAGCAACACUUGGAGAUCUCUUGUUGGGCUUCCUGAGAUAUUACGCUACAGAAUUUGAUUGGAGCAGUCAAAUGAUUUCAGUUCGUGAAGCCAAAGCCCUUCCAAGAUCCGAUGGCAUUGAAUGGAGAAACAAGUUCAUCUGUGUGGAAGAACCAUUUGAUCGAACAAACACUGCUAGAGCAGUUCAUGAAAAGCAGAAAUUUGACAUGAUCACUGGUGAAUUUCGAAAGUCAUGGCAAAGGCUGAGAGACAGGAAGGACUUGAACUGUAUACUACCUUUAAGAGCAACGAUACAAAAAAGAUGAUUGGCUUUUGUCCUCUUAGACUGCUCUGAACUAAAAUACGAAAGACAUUAUCAAAACCACAGGAUGCAGUUUUUCUCCUUUAGCCCACUGCACUUUUUAAAAGCAAUUUUUGUUAUGCUUUUGUUAAGCAAACUUUUGUAAGAGUUAGAAACAACCAUUUGUUAAAUAGAAAUUCCUUCAAACCAUUGAGGACAGGCUUUUUGACGCAGAUUGAAUACGUGACCAAUAAAGAGACUGCUGUAAUAUGAAUUUGGCAAACCUGUUGGAGGUUGAUUUUAUGUUAAUGUCUACUUUGCUGUGGUUGAACUGAUCACAUUACAUAUUAAAAUGUAAAACUGGUGAGUUGCAUAAUAUGACAGCUAGUGACCUUAAAAAAUAACUUAUGACAUAUACUUUUGUAAGAGUUCGUAUCCUCUGCUUUACAAUUGCUAAAUGCAAUAUGCACCUUGGCUCUGCUUGGCUUAUUCCAGUUUUUGAUAGUCUUAUAACAUCACACCACGAUUUUUAAACAAAACAACAUGAUCCUAAUAAAGCUUCAGUCUUCCUUAUUUGGUAAACAUGCGCCUGGGCUGUAUCACUUUACACUAUAUGUGAGCAGAGUGUAGAAAAGUCUGUUUUUGGACUAGAAUUCCCAAAAUGCCCCACCAAACAUGACCAGUAGCCAUAGUAGCUGAAUGAGUCUGGCAACUCUAAUUUAAUAAAGCAAUGUUUCCAAUCUAUGCAUAUGAGAGGUAGCAUGCUAGACCAGGCAGCAACCCUAUAUUUGGAAAACUAGAGCUUUGAAAGAUAGCUAGGUUAUGGCCCUUCCUUUUUGCACGGAAUGUUCCUUUGUGGGAGCAUGCUUUUGUGUGUGUGUGACACAUGUAGUUUCAAAUGCGACAGCUCAGGUACAGGCUUGCCACCUCAUUGAACAUUUAUGAAUCCCAGGAGCUGUAAACAUAACUGGAAUUUUUAAUCAGCAGAGCUUCUACAGAGCUCUUGAACAAUUGAGGUUAGCCUGUUUUGACAUGGGACUUGCUAAGCUGAGCACAACCAAAUGCAACAGGUUUGAUAAACCACCCAUGUGUCCUGCUUAACCUGAUAUUUACCCCUCCCAAAUAUUGUCAGGUAUUUUUCAGUCCAAAACAGAAGCCUGGCCAAUGGAGCUGUGUGCAUGUGCACAGACUGACACACAGGCUCUACACACCUGUUGAGUCGGGGAAGAGAGAUUGGCAACCGACCCUGAAUUAAUCAAGGAGCAAUAUUUAUUUCAGGCCAGCGGUGGCUUUGAAUGUUACAAUAAAGCAAGGGGAGAAGAAGAAUGAGUGAGAGUUCUGCUUCCUCUUAGCUAUACUUUCGGUGUAAUAUAUGAAACUAAAUGUGCAAAGGUGAUACUGUUGCUUCUGCAUCCCUGCCCCUCCUUUCCUGCACCAGAACAAAUCAUAGUUCUCUUGUAUUUUUGCACCCAAAACCCUUUUGCUUUGUUGUAAGAUACGGAGCCAUCCUGAUUCAGAUCCUGUCCUACAGUUUCCUUUCAAAAUGAAUAGUAGUGAUGACUGCAAAACAUAGCUGCUACUAUAAGCCAAGCUUUUCUUUUCUUUUCUUUUUUUAAAAGAUGAUUUUUUUUCUGUGUUGUGUUAAGUAUGUAAGCUGGUCCGCUGCUAUCUAAAUUGGGAUUUUAAAAAAUCUCGUACAUUUUAACUUUCCCCCAAGAAGUAUGGAACUUCUUUUAGAUCUGCUGUAGCACAAUUGGUGCCUCUUAUAUUUAUUGCAGACCAGUUCGUAUGUUAACAAAUGUUGAUUUUUGCUGAUGUCCGAUUUUUUUUCUCAUCAAGUUGAAUAUUUUUAUUGUGUUACGUGGAAUAAAAUUUCUGUAUUGAAAAUAAAA